GCGUUUUGCUUCCCGUGCCCAGAGAGGUGCCCAGGCGGAUUGUGCGGUCAGUCGUAUUUACUUCCUAGUUUUCACAGGCUCCAUUCUUUCUUGCUGAGUGUCAGGAGAGUGGAACAUGAGAAGACAAGAAAGACCAAGAACUAAAGCUGGAGGAAGACAGGAUGAACAAGAGUCUUCUCAGCCUGUUGAGUCUGUAGUUGCCCAGGAGUCUGGUGAGGAAGCACCUCAGCAAACUGUGCCACCAAGAGAAAAUCAGGAGAAUACACUUAUUAAGGAAAGAGAAAGUGAAAGACAACCUAAGGAUCAAGGGGCCAGCCUCAAAGCUGAUCUCCAUGAAUUGUCUCUGAUAAAGACUGGAGGUAAAAAAGAAGGAGAUUGUCUUGAUGUCAAGAUGGAGUUUGUAACCAGUCUAGAUCCCACUCAAGUGACAGAAGCAGGUGAAGGGCAACAAGAUGUACAAAUGAAGACAAGCUGAAACCAGUCAGGCCAUUGUCAUAUUGAAUAUUGGAC